AUGGGUCAGUUACCUCAAGCCAGAUUCAUUCCAUCCAGACCCUUCUACAAUACUGGAGUCGACUAUGCCGGUCCAGUUACAGUAUCCAAUUGGCGUGGCCGAGUCGCCAAAACUCAAAAGGCCUGGAUAUGCGUGUUUGUAUGCAUGGUUUCAUCAGCUGUUCAUCUCGAGUUAGUCAGCGACUACUCCACAGACGGGUUCUUAGCAGCUUAUCGUCGCUUUAUCUCACGUCGCGGCAAUUGCCAUACACUCUUCUCGGACUGUGGAAAGAACUUCAUUGGGGCAAUAAAAGAGAUUAAGAAACUCUUCACGCAAUAUACUGAAGAACAUCAAGCCAUCACAAACUUCAUAGUGGAACAUGGAACUCAGUGGUCUUUUAACCCUCCAGCAGCACCUCAUAUGGGUGGAAAAUGGGAAGCGGUCGUGAAAUCCGUAAAAUACCACCUCUCAAGAACAAUUAAGGACUUAAUAUUAACGUUUGAGGAGUAUGCGACACUUCUAACGCAAAUUGAAGCAUUGCUUAAUUCUCGCCNGGCGACACUUCUAGCGCAAAUUGAAGCAUUGCUUAAUUCUCGCCCUCUGGAACCCCUAAGCGAUGACCCAGAUGAUAUUUCAGCACUCACACCUGGACACUUCUUAAUUGGAAACGCAACAACAAAGAUCUCAGCAAUUCUGGACUCGGUGGUCACAAUCAUAUCUUCAACGUGA